CCAGUCUGAGAAUCCUGGGUUUGGACAGGAUCUAAGGUUCAACUGAUGAUAUGAGUUUCAUCUGAUUCUAGGAUCCCGGUAGGGGCCCCUUCCUUUCACGGACUGUUUCCAGCCUCCCUUAUCUCGCCAAAACUUACUCACUAGGUCCAGUUCCCUCAGUCCCUUAUACUAGAGCCAUGAACAGGGCUUUAGGGGACCACAUACGGGGUUAUCCAAGCCCUGUGGAAGUCCAGCCGGGCAGUAUUGGUGGCAGCCAGGAAUUUUGGUGCCACUCAGACCUAUCCCAGAGACAGCCACAUCCACACCCUCUCAGGUCACUGAGAGCUGGUCACUGCUCCCUUACAUCACUGUAUGUGCUGUCAUCCUCUGCAGGCAAAAUUCUCUUUCGACGAAGCCACAUCCGGGACGUGGCUGUCAAACGCCUGAUACCAAUUGAUGAAUACUGUAAGGCCCUGAUCCAGCUGCCCCCCUAUAUCUCUCAGUGUGAUGAGGUGCUUCAGUUCUUUGAGACAAGACCUGAAGACCUGAAUCCCCCCAAAGAAGAGCACCUUGGGAAAAAGAAAUCUGGGGGUGACCUGACCUCAGUGGACCCCAUGGUCCUGGAGCAGUAUGUGGUGGUGGCAAACUACCAGAAGCAGGAGAGCUCAGAGAUCAGCCUCAGCAUGGGGCAGGUGGUGGACAUCAUCGAGAAGAACGAGUCAGGUUGGUGGUUCGUCAGCACCGCUGAAGAGCAAGGCUGGGUCCCUGCGACCUGCCUGGAAGGGCAGGACGGGGUGCAGGAUGAGUUUUCCCUACAGCCUGAAGAAGUCUCAUGGAGGUACUGGUCUUUGCCCCGGCCCAUGGGCCGCCACCGGACUCUGGGGGACUUGUAUGCCAUCAGCUGGCGUCAAGAGGAGAAGUACACAGUCAUCUACCCGUACACAGCUCGUGACCAGGAUGAAAUGAACCUGGAGAGAGGGGCCGUGGUGGAGGUCAUCCAGAAAAACCUGGAAGGCUGGUGGAAGAUCAGGUACCAGGGCAAAGAAGGCUGGGCCCCUGCCUCCUACCUAAAGAAGAGCAGUGGGGAACCCUUACCCCCAAAGCUGGGCCCUGGCUCAUCUGCCCACUCGGGUGCCCUCGAUUUGGAUGGUGUGUCCCGGCAGCAGAACGCAGUGGGCAAGGAGAAGGAGCUGCUCAACAACCAGAGGGAUGGCCGGUUUGAAGGUCGCGCAGUGCCUGAAGGCGACAUUAAACAGAGAUCACCAAAGAUGAGGCAGAGACCUCCUCCUCGCCGGGAUAUGACCAUUCCUCGAGGUCUCAACCUGCCUAAGCCUCCCAUCCCACCCCAAGUGGAGGAAGAGUAUUACACCAUUGCUGAAUUCCAGACAACCAUCCCAGAUGGCAUCAGCUUCCAGGCAGGCCUGAAGGUUGAGGUGAUCGAGAAGAACCUGAGUGGCUGGUGGUACAUUCAGAUUGAAGAUAAGGAAGGAUGGGCCCCAGCAACCUUCAUUGACAAGUACAAGAAGACCAGCAAUGCCUCAAGACCCAACUUUCUGGCUCCUCUGCCCAAUGAGGUGACCCAGCUCCGGCCUGGGGAUGCAGCAGCAAUGGAGAACAGUACAGGCAGUGAAGCCGUUGGCCCCUCCCGGCCCCUGCCUGAUGCACCGCAUGGUGCUGUGGACUCUGGGAUGCCGUGGUCCAAAGACUGGAAGGGCAGCAAGGAGGUCCUGAGGAAAGCAUCUUCAGACAUGUCUGCAUCAGCAGGCUACGAGGAGAUCUCAGACCCCAAUCUGGAAGAGAAGCCCAGCCUCCCUCCACGGAAAGAAUCCAUCAUAAAGUCGGAAGGGGAGCUGCUGGAGAGGGAGCGGCAGAGGAUGGAGCAGCUCCGGGGCUCUUCACCCAAACCUCCUGGCAUGAUUCUGCCCAUGAUUCCAGCCAAACACACCCCCCCAGCCCGGGACAGCAGGAGGCCAGAGCCCAAACCUGACAAAAGCAAACUGUUCCAGCUGAAAAAUGACAUGGGGCUGGAGUGUGGCCACAAGGUAUUGGCCAAGGAAGUGAAGAAGCCCAACCUCCGGCCCAUCUCCAAACCCAAAGCUGACCCACCAGAGGAGAAGCCAGAAGCCAUUCCCCAGAAUCCCUUCCUGAAGUCCAAACCUCAGGUUAGGCCAAAACCAGCUCCUUCCCCCAGGACAGAGCCACCUCAGGGUGAAGACCAAGUGGACAUCUGCAACCUCAGGAGUAAGCUCAGGCCUGCCAAGUCCCAAGAGAAAUCCUCGUUGGAUGGGGAGAACCACCAGGCUACUGGGGGCCAAGAUGUGGCCCUCAGCCGAAGCUUCCUCCCAGGGGAGGGACCUGGCCGUGCUCAGGAUAGAACGGGAAAACAGGAUGGGCUCAGCCCCAAGGAGAUAUCCUGCAGAGCCCCUCCAAGGCCAGCCAAGACCACAGAUCCUGUGCCUAAGAAUGUACCCGUCCCUCUCCAAGAGGCUCUCCAGCACAGACCUGUGGUCCCGCCCCGGAGACCACCCCCCCCCAAGAAAACCUCCUCAUCAGCUAGGCCCCUCCCAGAGGUCAGAGGGCCACAGCGUGAAGUCAGUGAAAGCAAGGCAGCUCCUGCCCCAGGCCGUGCCCUUCUGGUCCCUCCAAAAGCCAAACCCUUUCUCUCCACCACCUCAGGGGGCCAAGAUGACAUGCGAGGCAAAGGUGGGCUGGGGCCACGUGGGGCCGGCAAGAUCGGGGAAAACGGGGAUAAAGUGGCUGCAGCCUCCUUCCCCAAUGCAGAUGGCCCAAAAGACUCUUUAUAUGUGGCCGUGGCCAACUUUGAAGGAGACGAAGAUACCAGCAGCUUCCAGGAAGGGACGGUAUUCGAAGUUCGGGAAAAGAACAGCAGCGGCUGGUGGUUCUGCCAUGUCCUGAGCGGAGCCCCUUCCUGGGAAGGGUGGAUUCCCUCCAAUUAUCUCAGAAAGAAGCCGUAGCCUCCUCCUCCCUCCCUGCCUGGAGGUUUUACUGGUCCCCGCUGGCUUUACCCACAUAUUUAAUAUGCCUCUUAAUUUAUCGUUCUCCAUGCAGCUUCAAAGGAAGGCAGACUCUGCAGUACUGUGGUUUCUCCCUCCCAUGGGUGGAGAGUGAGUUGCUGAGACCUCGGGAGCCCCUGGGUCUGACUCCUCUCAUCACAGCAUUCCCUGGAGGCUCAGAAGCCACAGCCCUGCUUUCUAUCCAUGUCAGCAUCCCUGCCUUAAGAGGACUCCUCCUCCUAGCCCAGUGGCAUUGCCACCCAGUGGUGGGACCAGGACCCUCCACAGCCUCCAGGACUAGAGCCCAUCGUCUCCAGAAACUCCAGAAAGGGUCUCUCAUUGCUUAAAUGAGACAUAGUGAGGGGCAAUCCGCCAAUCCAUGACGACUUGCUCUAACUUCAUGUUUCUAAAAGCCCAGUGGUUUUAUUCAUGUUUCCAAAAUGCCUGGUACCAGAAAGAACUUCAUCCUAUGGAAGUCAGACCCAUUGCCAAUCCCAGGGAAAGUGUCCUCUUCCGGAGGCCUGGGGUCCAUGGACCCGUGAGGUUCAACCAGAUGCAGCUACCCCAGGAGUGGGCCUGGAGGUCCCCCUUGGCCAUCCUUAUGGGGCUCCCGUCUUCUAUCUUGGGACCAUGAUCAGCCCCAAAGGGGUGGUUCCAACAUUAAGCAUGCUUCACUUUCCUGCUGCAGGCUCUGGCCCAUCCAGGGCUUUUAAAUAAGAAUUAACACCCCCUACCUGGGGCAUAUUAUUUUUGUCUACCUAGAGAGCACGAGACUCAAAGUUUGUUUGAAAAGGGGGUCAUUCACAAGCCAUGCCCCUUGUGAGCACCCUUUGCUAAGUAGCUAGUAGGUGCCAAACACUGUACUGAGCACUUUGCAUUCAUGUUUUAACCCUCACCACAACCCUCCGUUGUAAUAUACCCAUUUUGUAGAUGAGGAAACUGGGGCUCAGUGUGCCCAAGGGCACAUUAGAAAGGAAGAGGAGGAAGGAGGACUUGAACCCAGACCUACCUGAAUUCCAUGCCUGUGCUCUUCUGUAAGAGGCAAACCAUGCAGGGAAGAAGAGAUAGAAGCUGGCCACCAGGAGCAGUUGGCCAGGUGGCUUCCUUGUGAUGUGGGUGAGGGAGCAUUUGUGGCUGCUCCCACUGCCACCUUCCCUCCAGCCCACUGCAGCAUAUAUCCAAGGCUGCCCUGGACUCUCAGCAACUGCUUCUUCAUGGCAAGGGGAUGUCCAGGGUCCUGGUGGUUGACACAGAGCCCUGUUCCCUGCUCCUAAGCUGAUUCCCCCUGGGAAAUAGAGUUUAUGGAACAAAGGGAGCUGAGCUGGUCUCACGUGCCGGCCUUGAGGGGUCCAAGUGGCUUGAGGACUAGCAGCUGGGUCUCCACCAAAAUAAGCAUAGCAUGCAGUAGCCCCAUAAGGGAGACAGGGACCCAAGGGCCAGGCAGAAAUCUCUUGUCUCUGCCUCCUGCUGCUUCCAGCUCCUCUCUGGUAUUUGUAGAGUAGUUUUCUUCUUUUUUUUUUAAAGAUGACUGGUAAGGG